GUUCAAAUAGCGAAUCAAACCAAAAGUCGGCCCAUCCAAACAAGAACACUAAUUCGAAAAUGGCAAAAUGCGAAGCGAUCAUCUCUACGCCUCUCUAUUAAUCCAGCUCAUAAAACAUACAAAAGUUUCCAAUAUUCUCCUAGAACCAAUCAUCAAAACAAGAAAAAAAAAACAAUGGUUUCUCUCAAACCACUGCUAAUUUUGCUACUAACGUUCAUCUCUCAUGGAGUUUCCAAGAAUACUCCCCAGCAAAAGCAACAAUCGUCUACAGGGGUGAUCGGUGGCGGUUAUGGUGUUUUUCCGGUGAGGAUCGGGAGGUCUGUUCUUGAAGGGGAAAGUGAUGAUGAGAAUUCUUCUUUGAUUUUGGCUGAAGAGAGAACGAGGAGGAAAGACCCAACGAAAGGUUUAGAGUAUUAUACCGGUGGAUGGAAUAUCAGUGACGCUCAUUACUUCUAUUCUGUAUCAUUUAGCGCUAUCCCUGUGUUUGUGAUUGCUGCAAUCUGGUUUGUGGGAUUUGGAAUGUCCUUACUCGUAAUCUGUUGCUAUUACUCUUGCUUCCGGAGAAUCCAUUACAGCUAUUCUAGAAUCGCUUAUGUCCUCUCUCUCGCCUUCCUCACCCUCUUCACUAUUGCUGCCAUAAUCGGAUGUGUGGUGCUUUACACGGGGCAAGGGAAGUUUCAUAAGAGUACAUCGGACACAUUGGAAUUUGUUGUGAGGGAGUCUAAAGAUACAGUUCAUAAGCUCACCGAUGUGUUGGAUAUUCUUGAUACAGCAAAGGGUAUUGGAGUAGAUCAAGUUUCUUUACCUGCGAAUAUCAAGAACAACAUUGACAGGGUCGAUGAAAUGAUAAAUGCAGCUGCUACAGACCUUGAUUCCGAGACCGAAGAGAACGAAAAAGAUAUACAGGAUGUUUUGAACUCUGUGAGGCUCUCUCUUAUAAUUAUCGCUGCUGUUAUGCUUCUCGUAGCUCUUCUUGGUUUUUUGUUCUCCAUUUUCGGCUUCCAGGUUCUCGUUUACAUAUUGGUGGUCUGCGGUUGGAUUCUUGUUACAGCUACGUUUAUAUUGUGUGGCAUAUUUCUCACACUUCACAAUGUUAUGGGCGACACUUGUGUUGCAAUGGAUGAAUGGAUUCAGAACCCUACUGCUCAUACGGCAUUAGACGAGAUACUUCCAUGUGUCGACAAUGAAACUGCUCAAGAAACCCUGUUUCAGAGCAAAGAUGUGACUUUCCAAUUGGUGGGAAUGGUCAAUAUGAUCAUCGUCAAGGUAGCAAACAUCGAUCCACCACCCUUUCCUGGUUUCCUCGGUUACAAUCAAUCAGGCCCGUUGGUUCCCAUCCUCUGUAACCCGCUAAACGCUGAUCAAACUGAUCGGAAAUGUCAAGCUGGUGAAUUGGACGCCGGUGAUGCCAGCCAGGUAUGGAAGGAUUAUGUAUGCCAAGUGUCAGAAAAAGAUAUAUGCACAAAUGUGGGGAGGUUGACUCCAAAGAUGUAUGACCAGAUGUCGGCUGCAGCCAAUGUAAUCUCGGGGUUGUCAAACUAUGGACCGUUUUUAGCCGGUUUACUAAAUUGUACUUUUGUUAGGGAGACAUUCACAGGAAUCCAUGAGGAUCAUUGUCCAGGAUUGACUAAAUAUAGUCGGUGGGUGUAUAUUGGAUUAGCUAUGGUGUCUGCUGCUGUGAUGCAUUCGUUGGUGUUAUGGGUGUUGUAUGCUCGAGAAAGAAGGCAUCGAAAGUAUACCAAGCUUGGGGUUCCUGCAUCAACACAAAGUUCAUUUGCAAAAUGAAAUAAGUGUAAAAGAGUGAAAGUAUAGAAUUGGAAUUAUGUUUAGAAGAGUUAAAAUUUUUGAUAUUUUGACACGAGUUCCCCGAUAUAUUUGAAUGGCA